CCUCUUAUCAGCAGUUGGUUGUGGCCCCCAUAGAAAACAGCUCGCCGGAUAAAAUUUUCGAAGCCGCGAAAAUCAAAGGAAAGGCCAUCAUGGGUCGCCUAGUCCUCUCCCACUUCCUCACCGUCUCCACCGCCUCUUCUCCUCGCCUCGCAUCUUCCCUGUGUGCUGGUGGAUUUCGAAUCCGGCAAUGGAAAGCGCAUACUUCAAUUCCGCAGAUUCGGCAUCAAAGCGCGCGAAACGCCAGCGGUUUUCGGUGCUGCUGCAGCGUUUCGCUCUCGCAGCCCGCUGCUCCGGAGACUUCUCCCAGCUCUGUAAAGAAGAGGAUAGUGUCUGGAGUCCAACCGACGGGUUCAAUCCACCUAGGAAAUUAUCUUGGCGCCAUAAGAAACUGGAUUUUGCUACAGAAUACAUACGAUACUCUCUUUUUUAUUGUGGACCUUCAUGCGAUUACAUUACCGUAUGAUGCACAACAACUAUCCAAGGCAACGAGGGAUACAGCAGCUCUUUAUUUGGCAUGUGGAGUGGAUACCUCCAAGGCGUCUGUCUUUGUGCAGUCUCAUGUUCGUGCCCAUGCAGAAAUGAUGUGGCUUUUAAGUUCAGUCACACCUGUCGGUUGGCUAAACAGAAUGAUUCAGUUUAAAGAGAAAUCACGCAAGGCGGGGGACGAAAAUGUUGGUGUUGGUCUUUUGACUUACCCUGUUUUGAUGGCUUCUGAUAUUCUUUUAUAUCAGUCUGACUUUGUCCCAGUUGGUGAAGAUCAAAAGCAACAUUUGGAGUUGACACGUGAACUGGCUGAGCGUGUUAAUCAUUUAUUUGGAGGAAGGAAAUGGAAAAAAUUGGGAGGGCGAGGUGGUUCGAUUUUUAAGGUUCCUGAGGCUCUUAUACCACCAGUUGGAGCUCGAGUGAUGUCCCUAACUGAUGGUCUUUCCAAGAUGUCCAAAUCUGCACCUUCUGACCAGUCCCGAAUCAAUCUUCUGGACCCAAAAGAUGUCAUAUCAAACAAAAUAAAGAGGUGCAAGACUGACUCAUUUUCAGGUAUGGAAUUUGAUAAUCCUGAAAGGCCUGAGUGCAACAACCUUCUGUCAAUAUAUCAGCUCGUUUCGGAAAAGACAAAAGAGGAAGUUGCACAAGAAUGCCGAGACAUGAACUGGGGCACUUUCAAAUCAGUCCUAUCUGAUGCGUUGAUUGAUCAUCUGCAUCCUAUCCAGGUUCGCUACGAGGAAAUCAUUUCUGACUCAGCUUAUUUGGAUGGAAUUUUGGCAGAAGGUGCUAAGACAGCUGCAGGUAUAGCUGAUAAUACUCUCAAUAAUGCCUACCAGGCUAUGGGAUUCUUGCGGAGAUGAGCGGAACCCAUGCUGCUGGAAGAAUUCAUUUGAAAGGACCAGUAAGAUAGAAACUUUAAAGUUAACUUUGGAGAAUGGAUGACCCACAAAUUAUUUUUUGGAGCAAAACAACCAACCAUAAGCAUAUUCUUGAUGAGUGAAAACUGAAAAGAUAUUUUAAUGGGAAGGCCUCGAAUAUUUAAUUGUUGCAGUUGCCACCAUCCAGAUAGGUAUUUUUUUUCAUGUAUUACUUAUAUUAUUCCGUGAAUUGGUAGUUUACCCCACUUUAAAAUGUAAUGUAAUGUGAUUAGUUCGUAAAUUAUUAUGUGAUUUGUU